AUGAACGACUAUGGCCACUGGUCCGAGUGCCAGACCUGCAAUAAACUGUUCCGCAGCCACCGGGCGAGCCAGCAACACAUGAACGACCUCAACCACUGGGCCCCCCGCUACGACUGUGAGACAUGCUCUCGAGAUUUCCCCACGCAGAAUGCAGCCAACCAGCACAUGAACGCGUUGAAUCACUGGAGGCCCACAGUGCCGUGUGAGACGUGCUCGACCAUGUGGCACACCCAGGCGCAGGCAGAUCAGCACAUGAGGCACGCAGGCCAUUACAAAAACUACUGCAGCGCGUGCGACAGACGGUUUGACAAUGCCAAUAAUCUGAAAAUGCACCUCAAUUCAAAGGUCCACCGUGGCACCAGUAUCAACUGUCCCUUCUGCAAGGCCGGCUACACCACUGCGAGUGGUCUCAGCCAUCACCUUGAGAGAGGGGCGUGUCCCAGGGCGCAGCAUAUCAACCGCGAAACCCUGCUGCAGAUGAUUCGUCAGCUCGACACGAACGGCGCCAUCACCAUCCGCCAGAUCGAGUGGCAUGGGGAGGUGGAAUAUUCGGCCAGCGAUAUGGCAUACAACGGCAACGCGUGGGAAUGCUAUCUGUGUCACCGCGAGUUCAACGCUCGUAGCUCGCUCAACCAGCACCUCACCUCACCCACGCACAAGCAAAACGUGUACCAUUGUCCGAACCGUCGGGGGGCCUGCGGGAAGGAGUUCUCCACUCUCGCGGCCCUGUGCAACCAUCUUGAGAGUGGCUCGUGUGCGUAUAUGCGCUUCGACAAUGUGCAGAAUUGCAUGGCAGAUGUCCUUCACAAUCGCAGACGGAUUGCCUUUUGA